AUGUCACGGCUGCACGAAGCAUCUCAACCACGAUCCGACGGCUCCGAGUCCACCGUCGGGGCGACCGGUGCCAAAGCGGAAGCCACCAAACUGCGCGCAGCCCUCUCGUCCAUCUCCCCCAUCUCGGACCUCUCCUCGCUGCCUCGCGUCCCCUGCGCCCGAGGCUCGCUGCUGAUGGGCAUGGCCACCGCCGCCGGCGUAGCAGGCAUCAGCCUCGUCGCCGGCCGCGGUCUGCGCAGCGGUCUCAAUUGGGGCGUCGGCAGCUUCUGCUUUGUUAGUCUGGCCAGCUGGGAGACGUGCAGACGGAAUAGGAAGGCCGAACAGAUGCGCAUGCGGACUGUCAUUGAGGGGUAUAGGAAUCGGGAGCCGAGGGGGAGCUUGACUGCUCUGGCGGAGCAAGGAGCGCGGACGGACGCGGUAGGGACGGGGACACAGGGAGCGGCGAAGACGACAUAG